AUGUCUAACACCGAAGAUAAGGAUGAUGUGGAUGCCGCCCUGGAAGAAUUGGAACCUCUGGGUCGGUAUACGCUAAUUCAAUACACAUUGCAGUCUGUGCUCGCGUUGUGCAUUACUCAACAAAUGGUGAGUGUGAUGUUCACUGGACAGACCAACCACUUCCGUUGCCCGAUCACCGGAAACAUAUCAACCAGCAACUCCAGUUUAAACUCCAGUGAAUUUAUUAAUAUCUCUUCCUUGCAUAAGUUCGGAGACUCAUGUGUCGCUAAAACAUCUCACAACACAUCGGGCUCUGGAGCUUGCAGUGCCCUCGAAGUUGAGUAUGAGCUCCCAAAGGACAGAUCUUUUUACUCCGACUUUGACCUUGUCUGUGACCGAGAAGUUCUGGGCAGACUGUCGCAGUCACUGCUUGUGAUAGGAAACGCCAUAGCCACCUUCACCUUCCCUUACUUUGUCGACCAUCACGGCCGGAAACCUGUGGUUCUGUUUUGUUCUGUUAUGAGUUUGUUAUCAUCCAUUGGCCUGGCUACUUCUGUCAACUAUCCCAUGCUUGCCGUGUUUAAGAUUUUAGUGGGUAUUUUCGUUCAAGGUCUGCAAGCUUCUAGUGUAACCAUGAAUAUGGAAAUCCUCGUCACCAGACACCGCGCCAGUAUGUUCGCCUGUCUGGGAAGUGUGAUAUGGUCUUUGGCGUCCAUUACUUUGAGUCCUAUGGCUUAUUUGUUCAGAUCUUCUUCUUGGAAAAGUCUAGAACUAGGUCUUUUAGCAUUUUAUAUACCUAUUCUAUUGAUGCCUUUUUUUCUUGAUGAGAGUCUGAGAUGGCUCUCUGCAAACGGCAGAAAAGCCGAAGUUGUCAAAAUUUUAAAACGCGCCUCGAAACAGAACGGUAAGAGCUUUGAACGUGUAAUAAAGGCAUUUACUCGGGGUAGGUACGAAAACAGUAACAUGCAUACUGGCAUCGAGAUAAAGCCCAUCGGGUCUUUCAUAGUCAAUCCCCCAAACGAUGAAUCAGGACAAUCUGUGAAGGAAACUGGAAGCAAAGACACAAAGCAAAAGUCAACCACUGAUGUCGUAGACACAGAGCAGCAGGCUGGGACAGAGAUAGACAAAGAAGAAAAACUCAGCUUCUGGCAGCUCUUCACCGACCCCAUGCUUAGAGUUCAUGUCAUAUUCGCUAUAGUUUCCUGGUUUUUCAACAGCCUUACAUUCUUUUCUUUGACUCUAAUGGCCUCAACCCUUCAUGGUAGUCUAUAUCUCAACUUUGCUAUAAAUAUUUUAGUGGAAAUCCCCCAGGCGUUUUUCUUAUACCUCUUUUUAGACAAACUAGGACGGCGAUUAUGUUUCAGCUUGUUCAGUCUGCUCACAGGAGCUUCGCUUAUUUCUAUGGCAAUGCUUCGAUACCUGGCCCCAGAACAAUCUAUAGCCAUAAUGGUCCUGAGUCUGAUCGGAAAACUGUCGGUGACAGGGUCCUACAACAUCAUCUACACGUACACUCCUGAGCUGUUCCCCACCAACCUCCGGAACAUGGGCUUUGGUGUGUCCUACCUGAGUGCUCGAGUGGGCGGGAUGCUAUCUCCCUUCUCGGAGAUGCUCAUGAAGGAAAUCGUGUACGCCCCAGGUGUCAUCUUCGGUGUGGGAAACCUUCUUCUAAGCUUCAGCACCUACUUCCUCCCAGAGACGACCCAACACCAACUGCCACAGACUCUGGCUGAGAUGAAAAGAUGGAAAGACGAUAAGAAAGAUGAAAAGCCGUUAAAAAAAAGUUGAAUGGUGGAAAUAAAAUGAGAAAGGUGAAAAGUCGGUGAAGAAAAGUUGAAUGAUGGGUAGACGAUGGGAAAGAUGAAAAGUAGGUGAAGAAAAGUUGAAAGACAUUUGAGAAAUUGAAUGGUUAUUAGAAACAAAGGGUUGUCCUCAGUUAAAGAAGGUGAA